AUGUGGGUGUCAAGAGGUGGGCGGCGGCCCGUCAACAAUACACCCUCCGCCGCCAACAUGGAGGACCGGACAUACGCCGCCGACAUUUUCUUUGCGCAGAGCUGGAAGGACUGGAGGCUGAGGCUUCCAGAUAACAUGACCCACGAGUAUCGCCUCCUGCCUGUCGCCUGGCUCAAGGACAUAUGGCGGCCGGACUCCUUCUUCAAGAACGCCAAGGCGGUCACCUUCCAAGAAAUGACUAUCCCUAACCACUACAUCUGGCUCUACCAGGACAACACUAUCCUCUACAUGGUCAAACUGACACUGGUGCUCUCCUGUGCCAUGAACUUCCAGAUGUAUCCCCACGACACUCAGGAGUGUCACAUGAAGAUCGAGAGCCUGUCGCACACGACGGACGACCUCGUCUUCAUCUGGGACCCUGAGGUCCCAGUCGAGGUGGAGCGAAGCAUCGAACUCCCACAGCUGGACCUGGUGAAGAAGUACACUGGUGACUGCACCCAGGUCUACUCCACAGGUAACUUCACGUGUCUGGAGAUCGUGUUCACCUUCAAGCGUCGUCUGGGCUACUACCUCUUCCACACCUACAUCCCCACCUGCCUCAUCGUCAUCAUGUCCUGGAUCAGCUUCUGGAUCCGACCGGAGGCGGUGCCGGCCAGAGUGACGCUGGGUGUCACCUCUCUCCUCACGCUGUCAACCCAACACGCCAACUCCCAGAAGUCCCUCCCGCCCGUCUCCUACAUCAAGGCCAUCGACGUGUUCAUGUCGUCGUGCACAGUGUUCGUGUUCUUCUCCCUCAUGGAGUACGCCCUGGUCAACGUGGUCCUGGGUGACGUUCCUGAGGACCCCACCACCGCGCGCACCAUGCGGCCCCGGACCCUCCUCCAGGUCACCGGCCAGCAGGACUCUCCCAAGAAGCUGACGGAGUGUCUGGGCGGGGCGCGGCAGGACUUCGAAGAGUCCCCGAGCAGAAGCAAGAAAACAGAUGCCGGCCAGCCAAUCACCGCGACGCGCAGGUCGCCAGCCGUCCAGCGACGGGCCAAUGGGAGGAAGUCUAUCUGCCAGAGUGAGCUGGAGGCCAUCAGCACCAUCACGUCGCCUGCGGCACCCUCUCCCUCCAACGGCCUCUCACCGCUGGAGAUGCUGGCUCAGACCUCCUGCCCCGCCCACCUCUCUUCCUCCCCCCACGUCACCACCUCCCAGAUGGUCAACGGGCCCAUGUACAGCGGCAUGCAGCACGCGGGCAUGCAGCACCCUGGCAUACAACACGCGGGCAUACAAUAUCCGGGCAUGCAGCAUACAUUUGGUGUCCCUCCUCCCCCUCCACCGCCGCCUCUCGGCCCGGCCAAGGCUCCUAAGAACCAGCGAAGGAGGAGGGAGCGAGCUAUCCUGAUCGACCGUGUGUCUCGCAUUCUCUUCCCCACCUCCUUCACCGUUCUCAACAUCAUCUACUGGUGCGUCUUCUUCGUCGAGUGGUUCUAGUCAAGUGCCAGCGCCGACCUACUUCAGUGGUGGCCCUUGUGCAGUGCCAGGCUGCCGGAGUGGGCACCACUAGCACUCUGAUGACUCACCAAGUGCUUCAACUGAAGCACCAAGCAUCUACUCUAUGGGGGUAGUUCCAGCACAUUACAAGCCUAUCGCAUAGUACCCGUAGCCAACUCCAGCAGUAAGAGUCGAAAUUACCGCAAGAAAUAAUACUUACAUUUCGCCCAAAUAAUAAAAAAUUACGUAAUAAUGUAUCAAAGGUGCCAAUGUUGGUGUACAAGAGUAACUUUGCUGCUGGCCACUAGAUGGCCGUGUCGAUCACUACGAUUCCAGGGGCCAGAUU